AAUUGCCGGAUAACUACUUGCUAUUGGUUGGUUUGGGGCUUGGGUCCCAGAACCAAGCCAAGGGGUAAGAAGUAUUCCAGUUUUUCCUUUACCAGUAAACAUUCGUUAAGCACCUUCACAUUCUAUAACAUGCUCUGUGCACACAGAGGCCUGGAGGAGAAGGGAAAGACGGGACGGCCAGAGGGGUUGGGAGCCAGUGGGCGCAGCCUCUUGAGACUGGUGUCAGAGCAGCAGGAACAGAAGCAGCAAGAUCAAAACAAACACGGUGUAUGGGAACACCAAGACCUUGGUAACCCCAUCCCCGCCAAAGGGACCCCGCCCUCAUCCUCUUCAGGGGCGCGGCACGCCCAGGGGGCCGCUCCCUAAGGCCGAUUUCCUCCCCGGGCUGCCCUCACCGGUGCUUGCACGUGUGUGAGCAUCCGCCCAUUUGCCGGUGCACGCGCAUCUGUGUGCGUGUGUUUGUUUGCACACGCCCGGACGCGCGCUUGCGAAAGCACAAAAUCUCCCCAAGUGGGGAAGGAGGCGGCGGGACCUUAACUCGGUCCUCUGAGCCACUCUACUUGUUGGGGCGCCCUUAUCUCGGCCCCAGCCUGUCUGCAUCUCGGUCCCGUCUGCGAGGCUGCCGGUCCGGUUAUCAGUUGCUGGCUUGACCCGGGAUCUUUAAUCAUUCCUGCCCUCUGUCCUGGCUCCGCCAUGCAGGGCUCCCUUCCCACACGCUGGAAAUGUCGCUGGAAACUCUGAGUGGCGCUGGCCACCCCCCCCCCAACACACGCACCCCCCGCCCGGACGCCAGCCCUGCGGUGGGGGCCGGGGAAGGCAGCUGGGAAACCAGAGCGAGCUCCCUAGGGACCCUCGGCGGCCCCUCCCGGCGCCGCCCGCGGCCGGCCCGGCCCCCUCGGCAGGGGGCCACUUCGUCCCCGCGGCGCGGCCCGACGGAGGGCACUCGCACGCCCCAGCCGGCCGGCCCGAGCCCCCGCCCCACAGGCUGGAGAGGGAGUCGUCGGCCCCUCCACCCUACCCGCGCGGCCCACAGCGCAGAUUGGAAGGAGACAAACUGCGCCGCCCGCCCGCGCGCCUCUCGCGGUCCUCCCUCCCUGCGCGUGCCCUCCGCCCCGUCGAUCUCCCUCUUCCUCCUCGGGCGCCCUGCCUCGCGGAGCCCGUCCUGACCCGGUCACGAGGGCGAGCGGCACAGCCCGGACUUCUCCCUGUCCUACCUUCUCGAGGGCCCGCCGCGGCCGCACCAGGCAGGAGCCGGGCAGAGAUGCUCCUGCCCUCCCCGGCGUCCUCAGUCGGUGCCACCUGCUCGCUGGGGAAGAGGACACACAGAGGAGCAGCUGGCACAGCCGGAGCCCCCCAACCUUGACCCAAGCAUGCAGGCCCCACCCUGCAACCUCACAGCUGGGCUCAGCCUGGACCACCUCCUCCCCGGCAAUCUCCGGGCCCACGGAGGGUCGUCCUCCCGGGGGGCACGGGUGCCUGUGAUCCGGGAUGGUGGCUCCAAUACCCUUAAUUUCCAGUUUCAUGACCCUGCGCCCAGGACCGUGUGCAAUGGGUACAUCCCCCAGAGGAGAGAUGCUUCCCGGCACCCAGACCCUGCUUGGUAUCAGACCUGGCCCAGUCCUGGCAGCCGGCCCUCGGGGAGCCAGAAGACCCCUGCCUCCCAGCAUCCCCAGAACUGGUCAGCCACAUGGACCAAAGACAGCAAGCGUCGGGACAAGCGCUGGGUCAAAUAUGAGGGAAUCGGGCCUGUGGAUGAGAGCGGCAUGCCUAUUGCCCCCCGAUCUAGUGUUGAUAGCCCCAGGGACUGGUACCGGAGAAUGUUCCAGCAGAUUCACCGGAAAAUGCCAGACCUGCAGCUGGACUGGACCUUUGAGGAAUCACCCAAAGUGGCUUCCUCCUGUGCCGCCUCUACAGACUCCAGGCAUCCAGGGCCCCAGCAAAGACCGGUUGCCAGGCCAGGCCAGGCCUCUUCUCUGAGCGGAAGACGCUGGGACCCCUCUGAAGAGUUUCCUAGAAGCACCUUCAACUGUAAUCCUGGAGCAUCCUCCCUACACCAGACCCCAAAUCAGGUGCCCAGACGCCAAGAGAAAGCAGACAAUGUCUGGACGGAAGAUUCUUGGAACCAGUUCCUGCAAGAACUAGAGACUGGACAGAAGCCCAAGAAACCGCUAGUGGAUGACCCUGUUGAGAAGCCCUCCCAGCCCAUUGAGGUCUUGCUGGAGAGAGAGCUGGCCAAGCUAAGUGCGGAGCUGGACAAGGACCUGCGGGCAAUUGAGACCCGGCAGCCGUCCCACAAGAGCUCCCAAGUGCCCCGACGGUCCCGGGAGCCGCGGCCCCCCGCGCGUCCGGCCCCCGCCUGGAGCUCCAGUUCCCCGAAUGCACUUUACCGGGGUUCCUCCCGGCCCCUGAGCCCCCACAGAAUGGCGGAUGGAGCAAGCCCCUUCCUAGGUCGUAGGGACUUUGUCUACCCUUACUCGGCUCGAGACCCUAAUGCCUCUAACGAGGGGGGCAGCCCAGCCAGGAAGGAAGAGAAGAAGAGGAAGGCUGCCAGACUCAAGUUUGACUUCCAGGCACAGUCCCCCAAGGAGCUGACUCUGAAGAAGGGUGAUAUUGUCUACAUCCACAAGGAGGUGGACAAGAACUGGCUGGAGGGGGAGCACCAUGGCCGGCUAGGCAUCUUCCCUGCUAAUUAUGUGGAGGUGCUACCUGCAGAUGAGAUCCCGAAGCCCAUCAAGCCCCCAACCUACCAGGUGCUGGAGUAUGGAGAAGCUGUGGCCCAGUACAAUUUCAAGGGAGAUCUGGAGGUGGAGCUGUCCUUCCGCAAGGGGGAGCGCAUCUGCCUGAUCCGCAAGGUGAAUGAGAACUGGUACGAGGGGCGCAUCUCAGGCACGGGGCGCCAGGGCAUCUUCCCCGCCAGCUAUGUGCAGGUGUACCGCGAGCCCCGGCUCCGUAUCUGUGACGACGGUCCCCAGCUCCCUGCGUCUCCCCGCCUGACCACUGCCCGGCUGGCUCAUCACUCCUGCUCCCCGUUAACGCCGCACAGCCCAGUGGAUCCCACCGACUGGGGGAACCGGACCUCCCCCCGCCGCACCGGCUUCUCCUUCCCCACCCAGGAGCCCAGAACCCAGACCCAGGUAGGCACCCCUGGGUCAGCUCUGUCCCAUCCUGGAGGAUCCAGCCGUCCCCUGGACCUGGGGAUGCCCCCCAACACCACUCAGAUACACUGGACUCCGUAUCGGGCCAUGUACCAGUACAGACCCCAAAACGAGGAUGAGCUGGAGCUGCGGGAGGGGGACCGGGUGGAUGUCAUGCAGCAGUGUGACGACGGCUGGUUCGUGGGUGUCUCCCGAAGGACCCAGAAAUUUGGGACAUUCCCUGGAAAUUACGUAGCUCCGGUGUGAGUGGUCUCCGUGGCAACUCAGAGCCCAGCCAGGAUGGGGUGGGGAGCAGUAGCACUUACGGGGAGAGGAUCCCCCCUCCAUCCUCCUUCCCCAAGACCUGAGCUGCUGGCAUCUGCAGACAACCCCAGCAGCCGUUCUUCGGAGCCCCCCUCAAAGCCCCCUGGACUGCUUCCCACCCACAGCUCACAAACAUUCCUCCAGCAGCCUUUUUAUUUCCUCCCCUACCCCACUCCCCAAAUAUAGAGGUCUGCUUUGAAGUGGAGACUGUUUCCAGGCCUUAUUGAGACCAGACCCUGGAGCCCCCCCCCCACCCCCACCUCGCCUGGCUAUGGCGUUUCCUCUAACAGGGACCGGCUCCCGGCUUUACCCCCAUGGGGUUCCUCUACCAAGGACCAGCUUCCUAACCUAACAGAGACCAAAGGCCUCCUCUGCCUGGAGCGGAUUCGUCCCCUUUCACUCCAGCUUGCCCACUGCCCCCUUUGCCUUCCUGCUUCCAGCUGGGUUUGGGAGAGAGGUGGGAGAGGGACACAGUACCCCUUAGUGCCCAAGGCCUGGCAAGAGGUCUUGCUCGAAGGCCCCCCCUUCCCCAAGGCUGCCAAGCCCUGGGCUGUGUGUGUGACCGUGCUGCUGUAAGGCCCAGGAAGGGCUGGGCCUCAGAGGACUGGCCUACUCCAGGUGUUCCCCAGGGAGCCUCCCCUCCUGCCUCCCCAGCUCCUCCAACCCCCAAGUCCCCUCUGGAAGAGAUUGUAAAAUAAACCUGGAUACCAGG